UCUUCCAACAAUCAAACCAACAAGCUUUGUUCUCUUAUCAAUUACUGUCCCCUCUCUUGUUUCUCUUCAUUUCAUUUGUUUAAGAAUGUCUUUCAUGGCGGCUGCUAAGGUUUUUGCGUGUCCUUUCGUCUUUGUUGCCCUCUUCAGCUUGGUUGCUUCUGAUCCUGAUCUUCUCCAAGAUCUCUGCGUAGCUAAUAAAGCUGCUGGGAUAAAGGUUAAUGGAUUUCCAUGCAAGGACGAAGCCAAUGUUACCGAAGCUGAUUUUUUUUAUAGCGGAUUAGCCAAUCCAGGAGUCAUCAACAACGCGGUUGGAUCAGUGGCAACAGGAGCCAAUGUCGAGAAAAUCUCAGGGCUCAACACCCUCGGCGUCUCGCUUGCUCGGAUCGACUAUGCACCAGGUGGCCUUAACCCCCCUCACACUCACCCACGAGCCACCGAGAUCAUCUUCGUUCUCGACGGUGAAUUAGACGUGGGGUUCAUCACCACAUCAAACAAGUUGAUCUCCAAAUCGGUCAAGAAAGGCGACGUUUUCGUGUUCCCAAGGGGAUUGGUUCAUUUCCAGAAGAACAACGGCGACAAAUCGGCAUCCGUUAUAGCAGGAUUUAACAGCCAAUUGCCUGGAACUCAAUCUAUUGCCGCAACAUUGUUUACAUCGACACCGGCUGUCCCAGACAAUGUGUUGACAAAGACCUUUCAAAUUGGCACCAAAGAAGUUGACAAAAUCAAAAACAAGCUAGCCCCGAAGAAAACUUAGAAAACUGGCUUCUGUAAUUGAAAAUAUUAUACAUAUUUCUUUUGGGAAUUGAAUAAUGUAAUUUAAGAGCAAAAUAUUGGUUUUGUAUGUGGUAACGUCGCCAAUUCAAUAUAUUUUCUUUGAAUUAUCUA